GGUGGAGACCCGAGGCCGAGCGAAGGAAAUGCACCAAUCAGCUGCUCCCCCGGGCUCACAACUGUCUGCGGCGCCCGAAAAACAAGUCGGUGCGCUGGGGACCCGGGGCCAGGGCCGCCUUACUCCGGCCUAGCCCCGCGGCCCUCGGUGCGGGCCCCAGGGCAUGCUCGGGACCCCCCGCGGCUCCAGCCCAGACGCCCCGGCCUCAGGUCUCGGCCCCCGCUUGGGGCCCCGGCCGUGCGGCCGGAGGGAGCGGCCGGAUGGAGCGGAGGAUGAAAGCCGGAUACUUGGACCAGCAAGUGCCCUACACCUUCAGCAGCAAAUCGCCCGGAAAUGGGAGCUUGCGCGAAGCGCUGAUCGUCCCGCAGGGGAAGCUCAUGGACCCGGGCUCCCUGCCGCCCCUCGACUCUGAAGAUCUCUUCCAGGAUCUAAGUCACUUCCAGGAGACGUGGCUCGCUGAAGGCUCAAGUUACUCUCCUGUCUCAGCCUCCGGAGUAGCUGGGAUUACAGGCGUGCCACCACGUUCAGCUCAGGUACCAGACAGUGAUGAGCAGUUUGUUCCUGAUUUCCAUUCAGAAAACCUAGCUUUCCACAGCCCCACCACCAGGAUCAAGAAGGAGCCCCAGAGUCCCCGCACAGACCCGGCCCUGUCCUGCAGCAGGAAGCCGCCACUCCCGUACCACCAUGGCGAGCAGUGCCUUUACUCCAGUGCCUAUGACCCCCCCAGACAAAUCGCCAUCAAGUCCCCUGCCCCUGGUGCCCUUGGACAGUCACCCCUACAGCCCUUUCCCCGGGCAGAGCAACGGAAUUUCCUGAGAUCCUCUGGCACCUCCCAGACCCACCCUGGCCAUGGGUACCUCGGGGAACAUAGCUCCAUCUUCCAGCAGCCCCUGGACAUUUGCCACUCCUUCACAUCUCAGGGAGGGGGCCGGGAACCCCUCCCAGCCCCCUACCAACACCAGCUGUCAGAGCCCUGCCCACCCUACCCCCAGCAGAGCUUUAAGCAAGAAUACCACGAUCCCCUGUAUGAACAAGCGGGCCAGCCAGCCGUGGACCAGGGUGGGGUCAACGGGCACAGGUACCCAGGGGCGGGGGUGGUGAUCAAACAGGAACAGACGGACUUCGCCUACGACUCAGAUGUCACCGGGUGCUCAUCAAUGUACCUCCAUACAGAGGGCUUCUCCGGGCCCUCUCCAGGUGACGGGGCCAUGGGCUAUGGCUAUGAGAAACCUCUGCGACCAUUCCCAGAUGAUGUCUGCGUUGUCCCGGAGAAAUUUGAAGGAGACAUCAAGCAGGAAGGGGUCGGUGCAUUUCGAGAGGGGCCACCCUACCAGCGCCGGGGUGCCCUGCAGCUGUGGCAAUUUCUGGUGGCCCUGCUGGAUGACCCAACAAAUGCCCAUUUCAUUGCCUGGACGGGCCGGGGAAUGGAGUUCAAGCUCAUUGAGCCUGAGGAGGUCGCCAGGCUCUGGGGCAUCCAGAAGAACCGGCCAGCCAUGAAUUACGACAAGCUGAGCCGCUCGCUCCGAUACUAUUAUGAGAAAGGCAUCAUGCAGAAGGUGGCUGGUGAGCGUUACGUGUACAAGUUUGUGUGUGAGCCUGAGGCCCUCUUCUCUUUGGCCUUCCCGGACAAUCAACGUCCAGCUCUCAAGGCUGAGUUUGACCGGCCUGUCAGUGAGGAGGACACAGUCCCUUUGUCCCACUUGGACGAGAGCCCCGCCUACCUCCCAGAGCUGGCUGGCCCUGCCCAGCCGUUUGGCCCCAAGGGUGGCUACUCUUACUAGCCCCCAGCGGCUGUUCCCCCUGCCGCAGGUGGGUGCUGCCCUGUGUACAUAUAAAUGAAUCUGGUGUUGGGGAAACCUUCAUCUGAAACCCACAGAUGUCUCUGGGGCAGAUCCCCACUGUCCUACCAGUUGCCGUAGCCCAGACUCUGAGCUGCUCACCGGAGUCAUUGGGAAGGAAAAGUGGAGAAAUGGCAAGUCUAGAGUCUCAGAAACUCCCCUGGGGGUUUCACCUGGGCCCUGGAGGAAUUCAGCUCAGCUUCUUCCUAGGUCCAAGCCCCCCACACCUUUUCCCCAACCACAGAGAACAAGAGUUUGUUCUGUUCUGGGGGACAGAGAAGGUGCUUCCCAACUUUAUACUGGCAGGAGGGUGAGGAGGUUCACUGAGCUCCCCAGAUCUCCCACUGCAGGGAGACAGAAGCCUGGACUCUGCCCCACGCUGUGGCCCUGGAGGGUCCCGGUUUGUCAGUUCUUGGUGCUCUGUGUUCCCAGAGGCAGGGGGAGGUUAAAGGAACCUGGGAUGGGUGGUGCUGGGUAUAAGCAGAGACGGAUGGGUUCCUGCUCCAAGGGACCCUUUGCCUUUCUUCUGCCCUUUCCUAGGCCCAGGCCUGGGUUUCCACUUCCACCUCCACCACAUCUGCCAGACCUUAAUAAAGAUCCCCACUUCUCC